AUGGAUCAUCAAUACACAGAGGGGCAGCUCGAGGACGAUGGCAGUGAGGACGUUUUCGCACUAUUCGUGCUGGAGGAUGUUCCAAUCGCGAUGGUCAACGAAGUUUUACAGGGGAAUCACGACCAAGCCUCAACCAACUACAUGUGGCUCGCGGACAGCUAUGAUAAUCUGGUCGAUAUCGACCAGAGCAACAAGGAUGGCAACAAACGGCCACAAGUGGACGAACAGUGGCAUUCUCCGUUCAUUGGCAAAAGCGUACAGGACGCUGCCGAGUUUAUCAAGAAUUGCCCCAAACCGCCAAAGGCGUUGAACAAGGUGCACUUCGCCGUUCUGGACAGGGCAAUGUACGAAUCGCACGGCUGGCUUCCCGUUUACAGGUAUGAAGAUGGCGAGCUGCAAACCAUGCCGUGCGACGCGGACAUGGUCUCAACCUUCUUCAUUGCAUACGACAGGGACACUUGGGAAGAGUCUCUCAGGAUAUGGAAGGAGGACGGGAUUCCGGCAUUGCAAUAG